GAUGGAGGAGCAGCUGGAUGCUUCACCUCCCUGGUUAAAGAGGAACCGUGUGACUCGGAGAUGGUCAUUAAAUGGGAAAUGGAGCUGAAUAUGUGCAGAAAAAAAAACCUGCAAGAAAAGUGUGUAUGUGUCUUCAUCUCCUUCUCUGGCCACAGAAGACUCUGUGACAUCAAAGAGGAGUUCUAUAGGAUUGCAGGUUUCCCCAAUGUCACUGGUGCACUGGACUGCACACACCUCAAGAUAAAAUCCCCAGGGGCCCAUGAGGUGGAUUUUGUGAAUAGGAAAUCCUUUCACAGCAUUAAUGUUCAGAUGGUCUGCUAUACUGACUGUCUGAUCAACAAUGUUGUGGCAGAAUGGCCUGGCUCAGUCCAUGACUCCAGAGUCUUUGGGACCUCUGAAAUCUGUCAGCGCCUAUCACAAGGUGAAUUCUCUGGUGUGUUGCUGGGAGACAGGGGGUCUGCCUGCCAGCCUUUUCUCCUGACACCAUUCACAGACCCCCAGGAAGCACAGCAGGCCUACAUCCAUGACCAUGCCAGGACCAGGCCCAGAGUCGAGAUGACCUUUGGCCUCCUGAAGGCACGAUUUCAGUGUCUUCACUGUCCUCCACAAUGUGGCCUGCCUGAGGAAGGAGAGUGCCCCCAGAGGGCCACAAUCCAUGGACUGAGACACUUCCCUGAUGACGACAGUGGUCGGAUGAGGAAGAAACGGAUGCCUCAAACUGAAUGAGGAUGAGGAGGUUGUUGUGAAGAAACCUUCUGCACCUGAAACACCAGCUCCAAAACACAGUCUGGAGAGAUGGAAAUGUCUGCUCAG